AGAAAAAAUAAAAAGUCCCAAUGGCGGUCGGGUUUUUUUUUUUUUUUACUUUUAUCACCGGGAACAAGAUAUUUUCGAUGGCGUUUGCUGUUGGCGAUCUAAAGAGUGGAGGAAGAUGGCUUUCUAAAGAGCUUUGCGAAAUCACUAGGAAUACGUAAAUUGCUUGGCAGCCAAAAGCCAUUCAAAGUUGAGGUACGAGAUUUCUUUACAUCGUUUACAGACGGCACGUUCGGUUAGUUUCGCUUUGUUAUGUGAUGAGAGUGACAACACGUUUCUUUACGAUUUCCGCAUCAUGAGAUUGAGUGGACUAUCUGACGUUGUUAUUUUGUUUAACGGUAGAUGAAAGAUGCUGGCCAGAAGCUACAGUGAUCGUCUCGUUUCAACAAAUAUCGUGAGUUGGCGUUACACACUUACCUAUUCAUCGUUGAAGCGCAAAAAUCAGGACCAAGGAAGAACGACGGUGAGCCACCUGAGGACUAAAAAUACAACUACAAUAAAUACGAACACAUGGCUGUGUUUUUUUUAACGGGAAAAUGGCUAAAGAAUUCGAUGAGAAUCGUUGGUUUAAUCUGACUCUUCGAGGACUCUUGAACGAAAUUGAAAAAUGCUGCACAAGUAAAAAGGAAGUCACAGAAGAUUUACUUGCGAGUAUCCACACAUUGUUUCCCAUUCACUCUAUCACAGCCCUAGAUCUCAUCGACCAUCGGAGUGUAUCUCUAUUGACAAGUCCUUCGGGUAGAAAAAUUUACUCUUGUCUAGGAAGUUUGGGGACGCCCUACCUCAUUUGCUACACUGGAUUUACUUGCACUUGCCCAUCUUUCCGGCACAACUUUAACAUCGAAAAUCUCUGGUGUAAACAUCUACUGGCGCUUCAACUAAGCCUCGCAAUGGGCGUUGUUCAAGUGAAGGAAGUCUCAGAGGAAAUAAUGAUGACUAUGUUGAAUGAACUAGUCAUGUGUCAUGAAUGAAAUAUUUGAGCAAGACAUUCUUAGAACUUUCUAAUUAGAAAAGUUCCCAGAAGUCUAGUCUAAAGAAUGCAAAAGAAUUGCAAACCAAUAAACUUCUAUUUCUGA